UGUCUGCAUGAUACAGUAUAUUGCUGUACUGACAGUAUUCUGAACAAUUUCUGGCUCUUAGCAGUUCUUCAAUAAAAUUUGUUGAAAGAAUGAAUGAAUGAAUUCAGAGAGGACAAAAAUGUUUUGUAUGGGUAUUUAUUAUUUUCUGCUUAGGUUUCCAAUACCACCACCACCUCCCCAUAUUCAUUGACACAAAGCACCACUGGCAAGGACACAGAAGAAAAAAAUCACAAUUUCCUAUAAUCACAGGUGUGAUUGUGUAUACCUCUUUGCAAAGAUAUUCAGCAAUAUCCAACAAAACAAAAUGUAUACACGUUUUGAUAACUUUAAAACAAUAAACAGAAACUAUAGCGUGGUAUAUAAUGUUGCAGUGUCGCUGUUGAAUCAAAAGACUAGAAUAGAAGCGGGGACUUUCAUUUCCAAAAGCUGGAAAGAGCAUCAUUGCUACCAUUACAACAAAAAGAACGCUGAGCUGGGCAUGGUGGUGUAAACCUGUAACUCUAGCACUCUGGGAAGCUGAGGCAGGAGGAUCCCAAGUUCAAGCCCAUCCUAGGCAACUGGAUGACAUGGCAAGACCCUCUUUCAAAACUAACUAGCUAACUAACUAACUAAAUAAAUAAAUAAAUGGUGCAGGAGUGUAGCUCAGUGUGAAGGCAGGGGGUUCAAUCUCCACUAUCGCACAAAUCAAUAAGCUGAUCGAUCAACCUCUUGUUUUUUUGUUUAAACAAAAUUAACCCAGGAGUACGUUCACUUAGUGUGGCAGGUUCAGAGGCAAGCUCAAAGGACAGAGGUUCCCAAAGACCCUGCGUUCCGCAAAGGUCUCCCCAGGGCUCCCAGGCUUUCGCAUCAGUUUGGUUUCUGGAGCUGAACCUGCCAGGCGCUAGGAUCAGAUUCGGUUUCAGUUCUCUCUUCCCGUGGGGUCCCGCUUUGCACGCAAGCGACGGCGCGGCCUGUCCCCGAGCUGCCCACCCCCGGAGACACGCGCGCGCCCACGCCGCCGCCGGGUCCUGGGCGCGCGCGAGGCCCCCUUCGCCUCGCGCUCAGCCCGCGGAGCUCUGCAGCCAUGAGUGAAAUUCCUAAGGACUCCUUGAAGGCCAUUUUAUUAGAGUUAGAAUGUCAUUUUACGUGGAAUUUACUUAAGGAAGACAUUGAUCUGUUUGAGGUAGAAGAUACAAUUGGGCAACAGCUUGAAUUUCUUACUACAAAAUCCAGACUUGCUCUUUAUAAUUUAUUGGCCUAUGUGAAACAUCUGAAAGGCCAACAUAAAGAUGCUCUAAAGUGCUUGAAACAAGUAGAAGAAAUAAUCCAAAGGGAUCAUGCAGACGAGGAGGAAAUUCGAAGUCUGGUCACUUGGGGAAACUGUGCCUGGGUGUCUUAUCACAUGGACCAGCCUGAAGAAGUUCAGAAGUAUUUAGACAAGGUAGAGCAUAUCUGCAAGAGGUGGUCCAGUCCUUCUAACUACAAAUUGGAGUGUCCUGAGAUUGACUGUGAGAAAGGAUGGGCAGUCUUGAAAUUUGGAGGAAAGUAUUACCAAAAGGCUAAUGCAGCUUUUGAGAAGGCUCUGGAAGUAGAACCUGACAACCCAGAAUUUAAUAUUGGCUAUGCCAUGACAGUGUACCGGCUGGAUGAUUUUGACAGAGAAGGAUCUGUGAAGAGCUUUUCUCUGGGUCCUCUGAGGAAGGCUGUUGCUCUAAACCCAAGUGACACCUACAUUAAGGUUUUUCUGGCACUGAAGCUUCAAGAUGUACAUGCAGAAGCUGAAAGAGAAAAGUAUAUUGAAGAAAUCCUAGACCAGAUAUCAUCCCCUUAUGUCCUUCGUUAUGCGGCCAAAUUCUACAGGAGAAAAAAUUCCUGGGACAAAGCUCUUGAACUUUUAAAGAAGGCCUUAGAGAUGACACCAACUUCUUCUUUCCUGCAUCACCAGAUGGGACUUUGCUACAGGGCACAAAUGAUCCAAAUCAAGAAGCCAACACGCAACAGACCUAAAGGAAAAGAUAAAGUGAAGGCUGAUGAGCUGAUCACAUCUGCUAUAUUUCAUUUCAAAGCAGCUGUGGAACGAGACUCUAUGUUCCCAUUUGCCUACAUGGACCUUGCCAACAUGUAUGCUGAGGGAGGGCAGUAUCGCAAUGCUGAAGACGUUUUCCAGAAAGCCCUUCGUCUGGAGAACGUAACUGAUGAUCACAAACAUCAGAUCCACUACCACUAUGGCCGCUUUCAGGAAUUUCACCGUAAAUCUGAAAAUACUGCCAUCCGCCAUUAUUUAAAAGCCUUAAAGGUCAAAGACAGGUCAUCCUUACAUAUCAAACUGACAAGUGCUUUGAAAAAAUUGGCUACCAAGAGACUUUGUCACAAUGCUUUUGAUGUGCAGAGUUUAAGUGCCCUGGGAUUUGUUUAUAAGCUUGAGGGAGAAAAGAAGCAAGCUACUGAAUACUAUGAGAGAGCCCAAAAGAUAGAGCCUGAAAAUGUAGACUUCCUUACUGCUCUCUGUGAGCUUCAAAUUUCUGUUUAAAUCCAUACUCUAGGAAAUCAGUUCUCAGUUUUCCCUUUCAUUUUGGGUUCUCAUAUUUUUGUUGUUUUAAUCCAUGGUUCAUUAUAGCACCAGUAUUUCUUGAAUAGUUAUUUUAUAUCAAAUAUCAUGCUAAAUUUUUUAUACAUUAUGAUAAAUGUUUUGCUGUUUUCUCUCUUUAGUUAAAAUAUUGCAAUCUAUU